UACGAGAUAGCCUAAUCUGAUAUUUGUAUGUCAAAAUCCACAUGUCAUUAGUAAUUCGAAGUUAGCCGUGCCGGUCAUUAUCUCUUAGCAAAUCUGGUUUUAGUCUUUAGCGCUUUGAGUUAUAAGGAUUCAAGAUGAUUGAACAACAGAGGCAACGUGUCGAACAAGAGAUGACAAAAUUGGUGGACGAAAUGGAUAAAACUUAUUUGAGAAAAAUGCAGGUAGAAAUGCACAAAUGUGCAGCGAAGUGCUGUGAGGACCAAACAUCGAGCAUCGACUCCGUACAACGAUGUGUAGACAGAUGUGCGGCGCCACUGACAAGUGCCCAGAAGUAUGUACACAAAGAGCUGGAAGAAUUUCAAGGACGGCUGCAGAGAUGUGUUAUGCAAUGCAACGAUGACGUGAAAGUUCAGAUGAGCGCCAACCCUUCAGAGGACGAAAUUGCGAAAUUCACUGCACAGUUCGAAAGGUGUGCGGUGAAAUGUGUGGAUAAACACGUAGGGCUUAUUCCAAGUAUGCUAAAGACGAUAAAGUCGGUGCUGUCGAAAGGUCCGAAAGGGAUCCCAGAAGCGUAGGUGUGGGCGUCUGCAGCUAAGCUGACCGGUAGUUCUUAGUAGAUGAAAGCAUUUAAUUUUCCAAUUUUGCUUUAAUAUCAUGUGUCAUGAUUUCAUGGAGGGAAUGAUUUUCUCUGAUGUAAAUAAAAGUUGAAUGAUAGCUUUAA